AUGAAACGAGAAAAAAUAAAAAAUAAAAUAAAUGAUAAAAUUGAUAAAAUUGAUAAAAAUAAUACAAAUCAUAUAAUCAAAAAAAAGAAAAAAAGAAAGAAAAAAAUAAUUAUUAAUGUUAGAAGAAGAAUUAAAAAAAAAGAAGUUAUAAAUAAUGACAUGAAAGAAAGAAGUACAAAAAAAAAUGCAUUAAAUAAAGAAAUUUCUAAAUAUAAGGGAAAUAAUAUGAAAUCUAUAAAUAAAUUUGUAUUUUUUGAAAAAGAAUAUAAUCUUAAUGAGAUUGAAAACUGUCAAAUAUCAGAAUUUCUUCUAAAAGCAGAAGAUAAAUAA